GUCUCUGAUCCUCGCAAGCCUAGCGGAUGUGUGGCUUCGCACCAGCGAAAGGAGGCACCAGCGUUGCCGGCCACAGAGAAGUCUCGGCGGUUGGAGAAGGCACUGACAGGCGAGCUUCCUGAGCCGGUCAGCUGGGCCGGAGCAGAGAGUCAGGCAAACUGGGCCGUGGACGAUGUGCUGCUGGAUCUGAGCAAAAAGGACCAUGACUUGUCCGAGUUGAUCCUCCCAGCUGACACCUCCACAGUUGAGAACAUCAGUCUCGAAGGGGAGGAGGACGAGAGCAAAGAG